AUGACUUUGGAAGAAGGAGAAAUCCUGAACGCCGAGGAUGAUGCCACUCUAGCACAACUCGAGAGCGCAGAAACAGAACUCGAGCUGUUCACGUUAGCCGGAGAUAUCGACGAGGUCCUGUUGGACGCAAGUCUCGAUGAGUACCAGCAAUAUCUCGACCAACUUGACGCUGCCAGCGCUCACCUUGAGACCCUCCUCGCCUCCACCGCUGCCACGCUCGAUGAGCUUUCUUCCAUCUCUGCUUCCUUCAAGUCCGUCAGCGCUCAAACACAGUCCUUCCAGACCCAGUCUGCCUCUAUCCUCGAUGAGCAGCGUAAAAGUGAAGUUGUGGCGCAACAAAUCGCCGAGAAUCUGCGCUAUUAUGAGCCGCUCGAACAAAUCACCCGUCGUCUCAAUGCACCGCAGGCUGGUAGCUUCGUUGGCACCAAGGACUUUUCAGAUAUGCUGGUCACCCUGGACGAAUGUUUAGACUACAUGCAGACGCACCUGUCACAUAAGGAAGCGGAAACCUAUCGGUCACGCUACAGACUGUUGCUCACCCGGGCAUUGACGCUGGUGCGCAACACGUUCAUGGCGGCAGUGCGGGAGACGACUACUGAAGUGGCCGGCCGCAUUGCAGCGAAACAGCUCAACGACACCACCAUGUCCGCGCUCCUCUAUGCCAAAUUCCGGGUGGGAGCGGCCGAGAUGAAGGAACUCGGUCUGGAGAUUCAGAAGCGCGCCAACCCGCCCGCGGACGCAGAGCCAGGCACAGAAGGGGAAUACCAGAGCCUCAUGAACGAGUUGCACUCCAGCUUUGCCGCCUGUCGAGGGAGAUUGAUUCUGCCCCUCGUCCAGAAGCGCCUCAGCGAGACGGCUCAAAUUCCCAGCUCCAAGGACUUGGUACAGUUUGCACGGGCCAGUAUCGGCUAUAUCCGGGGUAUAUGUCUUGACGAGUUCGAGCUGUGGUCAGAGUGGUUCCACGGCUAUCGAGGGCUCUACGAUUUCCUUGAGUCGAUUUGUGAACCACUGUACGAUCAUCUUCGACCUCGGAUCAUUCAUGAGAACAAGCUCUCUAAGCUUUGCUCACUGGUCACGUUGCUUCAAACUCGCUAUCUUCACGACGAGGAAGAAGACGGGCCCACAGAUCUGAAUCAACUCGACUUCUCUGCGCUCAUCCAGCCGGCGCUGGAGGAUGCACAAACCCGCCUUGUUUUCCGCGCGCUGGCGAUCCUCCGUGAAGACAUUGAAAUGUUCAAACCCAAACCUGAAGACCUGGACUACCCUCGUCUUACCUCCGCGCCGCCUAUGUCGGCCACCGUAAUGCUUUCUGGGCGCCGCUCGUCCCGGGACGUUCUGACGCCUUUACCCAAAACACCCACCACCAACGACUUGGACGACGAUUCUGGCGAAGAAGGUAGCUUCAGCUGGUCACUUGCCUCGUCGCGCCGGUCUGCUUUGAGACACUGCUAUCCCACACUCUCAAGAUCUCUCCGCCUCCUGUCCCGCAUCUACCGGCUGGUAAACUCGUCCGUGUUUGACGACUUGGCGCACCAAAUUGUACACCAGACCACUCUAUCUCUCGUGACGGCGUCCCAACUCAUAUCUACCAAGUCCUCGCCUGUCGAUGGCAGGCUUUUCCUCCUGAAGCACCUGUUGCUUUUGAAAUCCCAGAUUGUGGCGUUCGACAUCGAAUACGUUACCCCGGACGUGAGCUUUGACUUUUCAGGCGUGGCAUCCACAUUCUGGGAAAUCCGCGAACGGGGUGGCCUGUUCAACCCUUCAAGUUGGAUGAAACUGUUCAGCUCUGGCGGAUUGCUGCCUCGUGUGGUGGAAAACAUGCUGGAUGCGAAAGUCGAACUUGACGGGCAGUUGAGGACGGCCAUCAACGAGUUCACGGCAGGGUUUGCUGCGGACAUGUGCAAAGAUCUGCCCAAGGACUUGGAGAAGUUGGGGCCUAAAAAGGCCGAGCGGGAGGGCGUGCUGGCCGAGGCGGUAGAGAAGACUCGGACGAGGAUUGAGAAGGAGAUUCCUAUCCUGAGAGCCAAGCUAGAACAGUAUUUGGACGACCAUCGCACGAGAGAGACCUUGGUCGCCGCUGUGGAGGACCAGGUCGUGCAGAUCUACGAGGUGUUCUUCGACGCAUACACCUCUCAGUCCGCUGGGAUGGCCGGCACGCGGAAUGGCAAGGUCAACGGCGCAGCAGCGACGGCGGCAACACCCAUCUCUCGCAAGGGAAAGAGCCCAGAGAAUGCAGUGUGGGAUCUCGAUACGUUUGCCGAAUGGGCCGAGGGGCUGUUUAAUGUAGCGUUGCCUAAUGUCGAGGAGGAAGAGGAGGAAGUGUACGUAGAUGGAGACGGCAGCCAUGUCGCCUCGAGGAGUUUUUCGAGGAGUGGUAGUCUCUAG